AGCGAAAAAUGAAGUCGUCUUGUACCCUUUGUCCUUAGAUUUGACACUGGACAUUGAACCAAAACGAAUGCUCAAUUUAACUUCAGUUUGACAGGGCAGAUGGGUUUUCUGAAAAAGCUGAAGGAGUCCACAGCAAACAAGAGAGCUUUACUUGUCAUUACCGUACUUAUAUUGGUGCUGGUGAUAGUAGUUAUUUCAGUUGUGGUUACCACUGUUGGUAAAACUAAAAGUGAACCAUCCUAUGGAACACCUUGGGAAAAUCCCAGGUUACGGACGGACGUGAAACCUAAGCAUUACAACAUUACGCUCCAAAUAGACGUGACACAUGAGACUUUCUCGGGGAAAGAAACUAUCGAGAUAGACAUCACAGCAGCCAACAUCUCUACGAUAGUACUGCACGCCAAUAAGAUAUUGAUUCCUCUAGACUCCUCCUACCUGAGAUUGUACUACAAGACUGUAGGUUCAGAAGAUGAAAAGGAACAUGAUAUAAAGAUUAAGCGUCAUCAUCCUUUUACAGAGAACAGCUAUUACAUCAUUUAUCUGGAGGAGUAUCUAAAGCCGGAGGAAGGAAACAGUUAUUUCCUAGACAUAGAUUGGAGUGGAGAGUUGAAGUACAAAUUAUCAGGACUUUAUCUUAGCAACUAUAUUGAGAAGGAUGUUGUUAGAAAAACUGUGUCCUCGCAGUUCCAGCCCGUAUCAGCACGAGAGGCAUUUCCUUGUUUUGACGAACCCGAAUUCAAAGCAACCUUCGACAUGACUAUAAUUGCUGAGAAAAACUACUCCUUCGUUACCUGGAACACAGAACAGAUCGGAGAUACGAUUACAAAAACAAAAGGCGGAAGAGACUGGCAAACACUGAAGUUUGCGAGAUCCCCCAUCAUGUCCACUUAUGUGAUGGCAUUCGUCGUUGCUAAUUAUAACUGUGAAGAAAAGACUACUCAAAGUAACCUUGGUGACAAAAAGAAUAUUUUGCUGAGGGUAUGUGGACGACCCUCCCUGAUAAACAAUGGUUAUGCCACAUAUGCUUUGGAAACAGGGGAAACGAUUUUGAAAUAUUUUGAAACUUAUUUCAAUCAGCCUUAUCCGCUGAGCAAAUGUGAUCAUGUGGGGAUAUCGGACUUUGAGGCUGGAGCCAUGGAGAACUGGGGACUCAUUAUCUAUCGAGAAGAAUACCUUUUGUUCAACCCGGAAAACGAUCCAACUAAGUCGAAGGGGCAGGUGAAUUUAGUGGUGAGCCAUGAGUUAGCACAUAUGUGGUUCGGGAACUUGGUCACGAUGGAGUGGUGGAACGACAUUUGGCUGAAUGAGGGGUUUGCAACCUACGUUCAGAGUCUAGGUACGGAGGACAGUACGGAUUAUGUUAACGACCCGUUCUUGAUGAAUGAGUGGCGCGUCACCUCGAUGUCUCAGGAUAGCUACCUUUCCUCUCGUCCUGCCUCGGUCAUUGUCACGGAUCCGGGAAAUGUGCACCAUCUCUUUGAUGCCAUAGCGUACAACAAGGGGGCUUCUCUUCUCCGUCAAAUGAACAUGGUGAUGGAUGAUACGGCAGGUGACAACGAGAAAGAUACAAGCUUCCAGGACGGAGUGAAGGAAUAUCUUGUUGAGAACAAAUAUUCCAACGCGGAUCAAUCCCAGCUGUACGGGACGCUCGACAAGUUCUUUACAUCCAAAUCUGUUCCAAAAGUAACCGUGGAACAGAUCAUGAAAACCUGGACUCUUCAGAUGAACUUCCCAGUGGUGACUGUCGAACAGUAUGACAAUGACAACCUGAUUCUGUCUCAAAGAAGGUUUCUGAUAGCAGAUGAAGGCCAGAGCGAGGGAUCCCAAACAUCACCCUACGCUUACCAAUGGUAUGUUCCGAUCAAGUAUAAGACUCACAUAGAAAAUGCUGUAGAGCCAGAACUUUCUAGUUUGAAGUGGAUCCGUCCGAAUGGACACCUUGUCACGCCAAUUGCUGCAGAAGAGAGCAUUUUUGUAAAUUGGGACGGGAAUGGAUUUUACGUGACAUCGUACAGCUUGAAAUUGUGGAAGAAGCUAUUGACAGAUCGCACUUCACUGAAGCUAAGUUCUCGAGAGAUGCAAGUGCUGUUGUACGACACGUACCUGCUAGUAAAUGCAGGUUACUACCCCUUAUCCCGGCAACUAGAACUGCUCGGAAUAUUCGCAGCAAACGAGGAUUACAAUGUGUUGAGGGAGGCGUUCCGGCAGAUUGGCAUGAUUUCAAGUCUUAUAAAGAUGGAGGAAGGUUUACUCGAGACUUGGAAAGGGAAAUGGAAAGAUGCAUCGGCAGUACAGUACAAUAAGGCUAACGCUUUAAAGAAUGAUGUUGAAUCUGAUGGUGAAAGUGAAGUAGAUUAUGUUAAACAAUUAAGGAAGAGUUUGACUAUGGAUCUAUGUUUGACGUAUAAUGAUAACACAGAUGUUGACGUUCUGUGUGUGAAGGCAGCUAAAAAGAUUUGGGAAGAACGACACGGAGAAACUACGAAAAUAGGACCCGAUGAUAAGGCGCCUGUUUACAGCUACGCUGCGAGGGCUUCCAGUGAGGAUUGGGAUGCACUUUGGAAAAUGUAUGUUGAUCCUUUAUCAACAGCGGCGGAGAAGAAGCUGCUCGCCACAGCUAUGGCUCAAACAGAGGAUAUAGAAACCGUUAAAAAGUACAUUAGUUACUGCAUGAACGAUACCAUAGUAAGGAAAUCCAACGGGCUCUCCAUCAUGGGCCGGUACAUUGCCACAGCUAACAGAGUCAGUGCCACAGUCUCCCUGGACUACAUGCUUAAAAACUGGCCGGCUGUCUACGAGCACUUCCAGACGUUAGGAUUGGAAUGUCCCAAAUACAUCAAGACAGUGAUAUCUCAGAUAACGUCUGCGGAGGAUCUGCAGAAGGUGAAGGAUAAGUUUGAGGACCCAGAGACGGGCUACAUGAAUGAUGUGAUAAAGGCUGAUUAUGAGUCUGCGAUGGACACUGCUAGGAACAACAUUCAGUGGUUGGAGAAGAACAAAGAUUCUCUAAAUAAAUAGUGUAUAGCCAUAGGUAUUGGGUAUUAGGUAAGGUCUUUUUCCAAGUAAGGAUCGAUGACAGUACUGAAACCAACCAUAUUUCUAUUUUACGUAGAAAGUGAACUCUGUAAAUACGAUGUAAAGAACCAUGUUCUGUCAUGCAGCUAUCCGACUGUGUAAAUGUAAAGUUGGCAAUCGCACGAACAUUAAUGAUUUAAGUACAGAUAGUAUAAUUGAUUUAACAGUUAUCAGCUUUGACUUUCAUGUCUGUAAUUGUAAUUCGUAAUCAACUUUUUUACAAUAUUUAUGUCAGUAACGUACAAAAUAUUUGCAGGCACUGUUGAGUGUUGGUAUAAUAAUAAUUGAUCACGGCAUAGAAAAUAGCAAAUUUUUCUACUAAGUUUUAUUAAAUGAUC